AUGUCGAAACAGGGACUGACACUCCACAGUUGUCGAGGUGAUCCGCAAACUAAAGGCUAUCAUGACCUUGUUUCUGCUACUAUGAGCCCGUCCAUCAGCUUUGUCGGCCAGGUUCGUCGUGAUAUUGUGAUGCAUGGAAGCGACGGCAAGCAUGUAAUGUUCUUCGUUGACCUGAACGUGUAUUCGGGGAACUUUCAUGAUUGUCCUGCAGAGUACACCCACUUUAACAUCGCGGUUGACAUGCCGCCUGGUCCUCGCUGGCAGAACUUCUGGAUCGCACGACUCACCGGUACGGUGUUUGUAUCCGGGGAGAUGGUCGGUUACUACAAGUAUUGUGGAACAUUCAUUCCCAUUCCUACCUCUACCGCCGACGACACUGCCUUCUCAGAGCCACCCUCCCAGUCCGUCUCUACACUCGUUCCUCAGUCACCCUCACCUGGGGCGCCUGAUUUACCGGGUUCGCCCUCAACAGAUGAAGAGAGCGACGAAGGGGACGAAGGUGAAGAUGGCGAAGAUGGCGAAGAUGGCGAAGAUGGCGAAGAUGACGAAGAUGACGAAGAUGAAGAGAAAGAGUAA